UUACUUAAUAGGAAACUAACAUUGAAAGUGAAACUGCAUAAUCUACUUUUUUCUUUCUUUGAUACAGACCAGAAAGUGAUUGCAGACAUCAGAGAAUCAUGGAAGCUCAUUCUUAUUAUGGUAACAUAAUGGAUGUGGAUACCACUGGAGCUUCUCUUGAAACUGGAAAACAAGAAGGCUUAAGAUAUGGGGGGGUUGCAGGUUCAGAAAUAAUUGCAAAGAGAGAUCUAAACAAUCUAGAGAAAUAUAAAAUGAAGAUUAAGCGUGUCAGUGAAAAAACAAAUAUUGAUGCAGCUGUGACUGCUGCUAUAAUAUCUCGAGAAUCACAUGCUGGAACUGUCCUAAAAGAUGGUUGGGGUGACCAUGGAAACGGAUUUGGAUUGAUGCAGGUGGAUAAAAGAUAUCAUAAACUAGUUGGCACCUGGGACAGUGAGGAACACAUUAAUCAGGCUACCCUCAUUCUCUGUAGCAUGAUAGAGGAGAUUAAAAAAAAAUUUCCAUCAUGGACAAAGGAACAGCAGCUCAAAGGUGGAAUUUCAGCCUACAACGCAGGACCUAAAAAUGUCCAGAGCUACGCCGGAAUGGAUAUAGGCACUGCACACAAUGACUAUGCCAAUGAUGUUGUUGCAAGAGCCAAGUUUUUCAAAGAAAAUGGAUAUUAAUCUAAAACAAAUAUGCUAUCAUUUUAUCCUUACCCAAAUUUUGUAUAUAGCAUUAGCAAGAUCAUUCUACUUGGUUUAGCAGCCCAGGAAUUAAAAUAAGUUGUG